GCUUGCCUUGGAGAAAAUGAGUGGCUCCAUAUCGUUGUCGAUGGACAUGGAUGUGACGGACGACACGAAUCAGCUGAUCUUGCCGUCGUCGAGGGAGGCGCGUCGGCAGAUCCACCGCAACAAGCAUCCCAACGACACCACACAGGACGACGAGCCAAAGCCCGAGGAGAAGAAGAUGAGCAAGAGGAAGAGAAGAAAGAUCGAACAGCUCAAGGUGAGACUAAUGAAUGAGGAGAUGUCAUGAAUGUCUGAAUGUCUGUGGGUCUGUCUGUCUGUGUGAAUUGCGUGUGUGUGUCUGUCACAAUCAGCGCAAGCACGAGGCGGCAGAGAAGAGAGAGGCGGUGUUCGAGGAGCUCAGGAAAUACGCACUCAAACCUGGUCAGCCAACCAGACAAACACAGACCACAGUGGAUCCAUGACACUUCUCCCCUUUGCUGCUGCUGUGGGUGUCCAUCAGAGCACCUGUCGUUGCUUCAGCCCACGGCGUCGACGCCCAGCACCAAGAGGCGGAAAGUGGAGCUCGCCAAACGACAGCACGAGGCCGGUCGGAUACUAUAGACAAUCAAUCGCCUGUCUGUCGGUGCGUCUGCCUGAAUGAACGUUUGUAUGUGAAUGUGUAGGUUUGGACAUAUCUCGGAGCAUUGCGGAUGAGGUCGACAAGAAGCGAAAGAGGUCAGCUGAGAGCGGAUGGGAAGGCGGGUUCACGAUGCACGCAAAUAGGGGAUUGUGUGAUGUCUGUCCGGUCAGGAAAGAGAAACGGAUACAGCAGCGAAUGGCCGAGGUGAGUGAAUUUGCCCGGACGCGUGCCACGUGCACACACGCGCAUCUGUGCGUGUCUAUGUGAAUGCACUGUUCAUUGUAGGAUGCCCUCUCGCCCUCCCCAGCCCCUCCAACCUCCCGGCCCAAGAAGCCCCAGCACAAUGCCACUGACCAACAACCAGACGACAACAGCCACCGCGAGCACCAAAUGCCUGCCAUAGAGAGCGAGCCACCACCAGCCCCUCUCCCCUCCCCCCAGCAGCAGCAGCCGUCCCGCAAUGUCUGGUGGGAGGGCGCCAGUCGUCACGUGUUGGUGCACCGGCCGCCGCACAUCGACGAGCAGCGUCUGCGGCUGCCUGCCUGCAUGAUGGAGCGUGAGAUCGUCGAGGCCGUGAGGGAGCACGACGUCGUCAUCGUGUCGGGCGACACGGGGUGCGGCAAGUCCACACAGGUGCCCCAGUUCCUCUAUGAGGCGGGGCUGUGUGGCCCGGGGGGUGCUGAUGGUGAGAUUGAUGUCGGUGGUUACAUGAUAGGGAUCACUCAGCCGCGUCGUGUGGCGGCGAUAUCGAUCUGCCGGCGGGUGGGGGAGGAGAUGAACAUGAGACAAGCCGUGGGCUACCAGGUGGGUGGGAGGUGGUUGAGAAAGACUCGCCUUAGCACUGCAUAAGUGCUUGUGUGCGUGUGGCUGUGGUGCAGGUGCGUUAUGACCGGUCUCACUGCGGGUCUUCGUGUCGUCUGAAGUUCAUGACGGACGGAAUUCUGCUCAAGGAGAUACAGAACGACCUUCUGUGCAAGUAUGGACGAGUGUGAACAUGGGGGGGUCUGGGAAAGGUGUGUCUGUGUGCGUGUCUGUGUGUGUGCCUUUAGGCGGUACAGUGCGAUCGUGCUGGACGAGGCGCAUGAGCGGUCCGUCAACUGCGAUAUUCUCAUCGGUAGACACACAGGCACACACCAGGUGCGUUUUUGCAGACUGUUCUGUGUGUGCAGGUUUGCUGUCCCGUACACUUCGGCUACGUCGCGAGAUGGCCGACAAACCUGACGCCACACUACCGCCGCUCAAGUACGUCAGGCAAUGAUGGCCGGAUGCAUCUGAUGCUUAUGCUGUGUGCAGGCUGGUCAUCAUGUCAGCGACGCUGCGCCUGUGUGACUUCACCGAGAACAAGCGGCUGUUCCCCACACCACCACCCGUCAUUUCCAUCGACGCCAAGACACACCCAGUCACCGUGAGGCCCUCCCCCCCCCACACACAUACACACGCACUUGGGCCUGGGCGCAUGACGUGUGUGUGUAUGUGUGUCGAUUGGUGUGUCAGGUGCACUUCAACCGCGUGACGCACAGCGAUUACGUCAAGAGUGCCGUCAAGAAAGUCAGAGAGAUACACAGGUAUGUACGUGUCGGCGAAAGCCACAACACACUGUCGGUGUGCAUGUAUGGAUCCUCACGUCCAGGAAGCUCCCGUCGGGCAGUGUGUUGGUCUUCGCCACCGGCCAGCGGGAGGCCCACCGCAUCGCACACAUGCUCCGCAGCACAUCAUGGCCAUCACGCCGCCCCGACCACGACCAGCAGCACCAGCCAGCCACCACAGACCAAGAAGAAGACCGAGACGCGGAGGACACAUUCCGUCUGGAGGGAGAAGAGUCCGAAGAGCCGUCAGAUGAAGACUCAGACACCACCAGUGACCAUGGCCAGGAUGACAUCGAUGCCCAUGCAGACAGUUCCCAGCCACCGCAGCCAUCGCAGCAACCGGACACCAUCCCUCUGGACACCUACCGUCUGUCAGACGAGGAGCACCAGCUCAAGACCGUCAAGACCAUGCAGGACGGCCCGCAGACCACCGACUUCGACCAAAAGGACACCACCAGCAGACGCGCACGGCAGACCGGCGGGGCUCAGUGGCUGGGGUGUGACGGGGAUGGGCGGAUGGAGGUCAUUCCGCUGUAUGCAUCCAUGAGCGCCAAACACCAGGUCAGUGGGUACUUGGGUGGCGGUUGCGUGGAAUGAGGCUAUGCAGGAAAUGGACCUGGUGUGUGUGUGUGGAUGUGUGUGUGGAUGUCAGAUUCGGGCGUUCCGCGAUCCGCCGGCUGACAAGCGUGUGGUGGUGGUGGCAACGAAUGUGGCUGAGACAUCAGUGACUCUGCCCAACAUCCGGUGGGCAUGCUCCCCCCUGUGGCCCCUCCUCCUCUCUUUCCCCAUGUGCAUGUAAGUGGUGUGUGUUCAUGUGCACAUUCACAGGUAUGUGGUCGAUUGCGGCAAGGAAAAGCGUCGUCGGUACCUGCAGUCGACGGGCGUGUCCUUCUUCUCUGUCCAAUGGGUCUCAAAGGCCAGCGCCGACCAGAGGGCCGGAAGAGCAGGUCAACAUCCACACGCACACACACACACAAACAGACCGUAUGCGUAUGUGCGGAUCACUGUGUGCUGUCUGUGUGGUGCGAUGUGAUGUGAUGUAGGCCGUGUUGGCCCGGGUCACUGCUAUCGUUUGUAUUCGUCUGCCGUGUAUGAGAACCACUUCACACAGUACCCGCCCGUCAACAUACUCGCUGCACCUGUCGACAGCGUCCUGCUCUUCAUGGCCUCACUCGGUGCACACACACACACACACGCGCAGAGAGAGAGAGAGAGAGAUGGACACAUGGACACAUGGGCAUUCACAUUUCUGUAUGGCCCGUUCAUUGCUUCAGGCAUCCCCCAUCUGUCGUCUUUCCCCUUCCCCACCCCGCCCAGACCGUCGGCCACCAACGCGGCCAAGGAGCGGCUGCUCAUGCUCUCAGCCAUCACUCACGACACAACCACCACCGCCGGCAAUUGCAGAAGCAACAAGGAGAAGGAUGGCGGUGUGCGCUGCACCAGGAUGGGCGAGCGCAUGGCCAGCCUCCCCAUUGCACCGAGAUACGCCAAGAUGAUGCUCACGGCAGUGCAGAGGUGAGCCAGCAACCGAUGGAUGGCCAAGAGAAGGGACAUCCCUCUCUCCCUCUCCCCCUUUCUCCUUGCGUGUGUGCAGGUCUCAGUCGUUGUCCGUGCCAGUGAUAGACCACGCCUGCAUGUUGGUGGCGGCUCUCUCUGUGGGCAACGUCUUCGACCAGACCGCAUUCGAGAGGCACCACCACACGGGCCCCGACAACGGCGGCAAGAGGAAGAGGGAGAGUGCCCAUCCUGGCCAGGAGCAGGAUGACGACCUUGACAUGAUGGAUGUCGGCAUUGAAGAGGUGCGCUUGACACCACUCACACACAGACACACGCCCACGUGCACACACACGUGUACGUGUGUACGUAGAGUGAGGAGAAGCCCCCACCAUUGCCGUCGAAGCCUGCCGAUGGUGGAGUCAGUGCCAGUGUGCCCCACUGGCGCACGCUGCCAUCCGACAUCGAUGCGCUUAUAUGGGUCACGGGCGCAUACGCACACGCACACGACAAGUCAGCAACACACGCAUACGCACAGAGAGAGGGAGAGGGAGAGGGAGAGCCACUGUGCCUGCCUGUCUGUGUAUGGUAGGGAGUCGAUUUGUGCCAGCCAUAUGGUCAACGAGCGUGCCAUGAGUGAGGUGUACUCCUUGGCACAGCAGCUGGCCAGAAUCGUCAAGGACAAAUGCAAGUACGGGAGUGGGCCAGGGAGGGAGGGAGGGAGGGAGUGGCGAGGAACGGCAUUCACAAGUGUCAAUGCAUACGCAGGGAUGUCGACCUGAGCCUGCCAAUCGCCCCACUGCCACCUAACAAAGAGCAGGUGACAUUGACACCCACGGCACAACCACGACAUACCACUUUUUGUGACGAAUGUGUUUGUGCGAAUCUCAGUCGUUGUGUCUGCACGACUGUGUGUUGGAGGGCCUCAUCGACCACAUCGCCCUGCGCGUUGACAGCGUUGCCAGCGUCGGCAAGAAGAGCUACUACAGGUAGAUACCCAUACACACACAUUCAUCGGUGCACACGUGUGUGUGUGUGUGUGUGGUGGGCAUGUGCGUGUGCAGGUGCGCUGAGUUGUCCCGCCUGAGUGAUGACGGCAGCGGUGGUGGUAGUGGUGGUGGUGGUGGUGGCGAUGAUGUGGCGGUGUCGCAGCGGGCGUACAUUCACGUCAACUCUAACCUAUACCACACCAGGUGGGCGACACAGGCACAAUGGCACCCAUAGACGUGGAACGUUCUCCGUUUCUGUGUACAUGUGUAUGUGUGUAUGUUGUGUGUUCAGGCCCCGCCCCUCUCUGAUAGCCUACAACCAGAUCAUAUCGUCAAACGACAAACACUUCAUCAGGUGCCCCACGACGCACACAGGCACAUCUGCGUCCAUCCAUCCAUCUAUCCAUGUCUGUCGGUGUGCAGGGAGUGUCUAGCGAUCGACCCGCUGGCCCUUGCGCGCAUCGACUCGCCCGUCAUCGAUAAGACCAACAUUCUCAAAAUGCCAAAACCAAAGUCAGCACACAUGCACACGCGCACACACAGACACAGACCAAGGACGCACCACUGUCUGUGUGUAUCUGCAGGUAUCUGCCGUCCAGUGACAGGAUAGUGUGUUUUGUGAGCCCCGUGUACACCCCGCUGGACCAUCGGCUGGUGGAGAGCAUGGAGACCGACAUGGCCACGACCCACACACAAUCUGACCUCAGAUACCAGGUGAGAGUGGGACACACCGCCACACCACACACACACACAAGAUUUCCCUCCCCCACCUCCCUCUUUCUGUCUCUGCGUGUUGAUAUAGGUGUUUGCAUCAGCCUUGCUCGAGGGUCUUGUGGUGAUGUCAAUGCGGAAAUGGACCCCUCUCCUGGCCAGCAGCAGCAAAGGGCUGGGAGGGAAGGAACGUGCAUCCCCUCAUCAGCAGCUGGUGAGGGCCCUGCAAACGGCCAAUGUGAGCAGCCGGUCCGCUUUGGUGUCGAUGUGGUCCAGUGCGCCUCACUUUCUCAUGAGCGAGUAUGUGGCGUGUGUGCGGCCGGGUGAGAGAGGCAAGGUGGAGAGGGAGUGGCCGCCGGUGAAGAGCAAGAGGGCUGGGAGGAAGGCCAAGUGAAUGACGAAAGAUGGAUGGUGCUGUGGUACUGCGUGCGUGUAUAUGUGCGGGUGGCUGUGCCAUUGUCCUUGUGUUGGUGUUUCUGACUGGGUGUCGGUUCAACCGUUGGCUUGACAUUGACAUAUAUCGUAUACGUAUAGACCUGCCAGUUCCGUCGUAAAGGCCGUGUGACAUUCAUUCUCUGCGACGAGACACACAAUCAAAAACCCGUCGCACAUGAAUGACCAGCUGACCAGAUUUCGUGAUAUAUAUGUCUGC